AAAUGAACAUUGUUGUGAGCUGAUAUGUUGAGUAUGUGUCAAAACCAUUUUAAUUUUAUUUAGAAUGCGCAUCAAAAUGCUGAAAAUUAGGUAGUAAAGACUCAGUUUUCAUUGACGUCUUUACACAACGAAACAAAGAUUAACCUGCUUUAUGGAUUGCUUUGAAAGCCAGGUUUCGAGGGAAGCAGCAUUUUUGCACAAUUCACUUAGCAUAGUUAUCCUUCUUCCAUUGUAUCCACUCAUAUUAGAAUGUCUCUCUAUAAAUUAAGAGUUGCUGGACUAGAAGAAAUAUUACAACAUGAUGUGAUUGAUUUGAAAUCGUUGAAGAAUUUUUGCUUUUACGGCAUUCCAGAUUGUAGUGGACUGCGCUCGUUAUGUUGGAAGCUGCUGUUGGGCUAUAUGGGACCAAAACGAGAUUCAUGGUCCACUACUUUAACUAAAAAACGAGAGUUAUACAAACAAUUUAUAGAGGAAAUGAUAAUUCCCCCUGGAGAACAAAAUGGAUCUGAAUGCAUAGACCACCCCUUGAACGAUGGGCCGGAAAGUAACUGGAACACAUUCUUCAGAGACAAUGAAGUAUUACUGCAAAUAGAUAAAGAUGUACGAAGAUUGUGUCCCGAUAUCUCUUUUUUUCAGCAGGCUACAGAAUUUCCAUGUGAAUCUGUUGUCAAUUAUAGCCGUGAACGAAAACUUCAUGUAAGAGUGGCACCGAGCACGCUCAGUUCGGCUAAUGUGGAACGAAAAGGACUGGGUGUUACAAAGAUUAACUUAAUCACCAAACGCGCUGUUCAAAGCUACGAGGCGAUGGAAGAAGGUCAUGAAGCACAUUGGGAGGUAGUUGAGCGAAUAUUGUUCCUAUACGCUAAGCUGAACCCUGGUCAGGGAUAUGUCCAAGGUAUGAACGAAAUAAUUGGCCCCAUCUACUACGUUUUGGCAUCGGAUCCCAACCUCGAGUAUCGCCAGUAUGCCGAAGCAGAUUGUUUUUAUUGUUUUACGGCCUUGAUGGGAGAAAUCAGAGAUUUCUUCAUUAAAACUCUCGACGAAUCGGAAGGUGGAAUCAAAGGAAUGAUGGCAAAGCUGUCGAAUAUGUUACAGGAAAAAGAUGUUGAAGUUUGGGUGAGACUGAAAGAACAAGAGCUUUAUCCACAAUACUACAGCUUCCGGUGGUUAACUCUGCUGCUAUCCCAAGAAUUUCCGCUACCCGAUGUUUUACGAAUUUGGGACUCAGUGUUUGCUGACGAGAAGCGUUAUGAGUUCCUGGUCAAAGUAUGCUGUGCUAUGAUCAUUUUACUACGAGAACAAAUUUUAGAAAAUGACUUUGCAAGCAACGUGAAAUUAUUGCAGAAUUUCCCGCCCAUGGACAUUAAAGUAGUACUGAAAAAAGCAAGCAAUCUUGACUAGCUAUGGCACAAGCAUUAUUUUGGAAUUUGGGAUUAUGCGCUUUUAUAUGAAUCGAUAAUUCAACUUUUGAAUAAAUUUGAUAAAAUCGCUAUUGUAGGAUUAUUAACUAGUAUUAUAGAAUAUAUUGCAUUCUUACAAUUGCUUUAAAAUUACAAAUUUAUUUCACUUUACAUAUGGACUUGAGGAAGCUUUUGGUCCUCAUGCUCUGUCGGAAUCAACAUGCAAGAGAUGAUAUCAACGCUUAAAACAUCAUUUUGAUGAGGAAAACAAGAACCGUGGUUGAAAUUGAAGGAGCUGAAUUGUAUGUACUAUUAAACGAAGAUGACAAGAAUUAAAAAAAACCUGUUUUAAU